AUGUGCUCAAGUGGUGGAAGAUGUGGGCCCACGUCUACCCGCUUCUGGCUAGGGUUGCACGCGUGGUUUUCGGGGCUCCUGCAUCAGCGGCAGUGCUCGAGCGUGAUUUCAGCAAUGCUGGGCGAAUGAUGACUUCCUCCAGGCGCACCAUGGACAGCACCACGUACGUGGAGAUGAUUCUGUUCCUGCACGGGAACCUGGACCUCAUCCCCGAGGACAUCACCAAGCUGACCGAGGCUGUUGCACGAUCGAAGAUCCCCGGGCGGUUGGCGAACCCCGUCGAGGGGCUGGAGCAGCUCGACGGCGCUUUCGCGCCGGUGGACCUCACCGAUGAGGAGGCGUCGGAUUAAGAGCUUGGAGCAGUAGCAUGGGGAAGGGUGGCGCGGUUGCGUUUGAUGGCGGUCAGGCCGGCCGCAAGAACGAGCUGGCUGCCGAGAGGUCGUGGGUAGAUCGUUGAUCUUUGCCGAUACUUGGUGGCCACGCGACGACCGUGGUCUCUAAUCACGAGAGGAUUACCGGGAUGGUGGUCGGUUGGUCUAUUGUAAUUUAUCCUUCUUCGUUCUGGGUGGCUUCAAUUCGCGUAAACGAUGAUGAUGGACGUAAUGUAAUAUACAAGUCGGGGCAAAGCUCAAUUGUUUUUUUUGUCGCUUCGAUUGACUUAUCUUGUUGAUUUGCGUCUCGAUGACGGUGGCUCAGAUACAUGCACGCACUAUUGAUUCGAGGAUGCACGUUUCCGGAACCAAUCUUAAUCUUCCAUCCAAUGACAUCAGGCUGAGCUCC